AUGGAAAUAAACAGCUCUGGGGCAGACUUCAUCCUUCUGGGAUUUUCCAGUCGACCCCAAUUGGAGCACGUUAUUUCUGUCAUUGUCUUCAUCUUCUAUAUUGUGACAUUGGUAGGAAACACAACUAUUAUUCUAGUGUCCUACCUGGACUCUCAACUCCAUACUCCCAUGUAUUUCUUCUUAUCUAAUUUGUCUUUUGUGGACCUCUGUUAUACUACUAGCAUUGUUCCACAGAUGCUGGUAAAUCUAUGGGGUUCAAAGAAGUCUAUCACAUAUGGAGGGUGUGCGCUCCAGUUCUUCUUUGCCCUGGACCUAGGAGCCACAGAAUGUCUCCUCUUGGCUGUGAUGGCCUAUGACCGCUAUGCUGCCGUCUGUCAACCUCUUCACUACACAGUAAUAAUGCAUCCUGUUCUUUGCCAGAAGAUGGUGCUGUCAGCCUGGCUGGGUGGUCUUGGCAGUGCCUUAAUUCUUUGUUCCUUGACUUUGAAGUUGCCAAGGUGUGGGCACCGGGAAGUGGAUAAUUUUUUCUGUGAAAUGCCAGCAUUGAUCAAGAUGGCUUGUGUCUAUUCCAGAGUAAUUGAGAUUGUUGUAUUUACUCUUGGAGUUAUAUUUCUUUUAGUACCUCUAUCACUAAUCCUCAUCUCCUAUGGGGUUAUUACUCAGGCUGUGAUGAAGAUCAGGUCAGCAACAAGGUGGAGAAAGGUCCUUAAUACAUGUGGUUCCCACCUCACAGUCGUAACCCUGUUUUAUGGAACACUCAUAUAUAUGUACAUGAAGCCACAGAAUGCCAUAUCCCAUGAGGAAGGACAGUUUUUUACUCUUUUUUACACCAUUAUCACCCCCAGCCUUAACCCUUUGAUCUACACCUUAAGAAAUAAAGAUGUAAAGAGUGCAGUGAAGAGAAUUCUAGGAAUAGACAAACAUUCUGCCAAAGUGUGAGGCCAAUAAAAAAAAUUCAGCCACAUCAUGGAGAGUUAAAGAAAUAAUAGCUCUUGUCAUGGACAGCUUAAUCCGUCAAUUCAAGAUCAUCUCCCUGGCAUUCACUUAGUAGCUAGAAUUCCUUAGGCAUAAUGUUAAUUUUCACCAGGUUUAAGUUCAUGAUCAUGGAUGCAGUGUGACCAGCUGCUUCAUGUUCCUGCUAUGAUGGAGGGUAUGCAUUAAAACUGGGAACCAUAGUAAAGCCUUCCUUUUAUCAGUGCAAUAAGAAAAGCAAUUAUUAUGAAGAGAUAAGGAGGGAAGAGAGAGAGAGAGAGACAGAGAGAGACAGAGACAGAGAGACAGAGAGACAGAAACAGAGACAGGCGUCACAUCUGUCUCCUCCCUAUCUAGAGGUAGUCUUUUGUCCCUGUGGGACAAAAACUCCUUACCCUUUCCCUUGUUCCCCCCUCUCUCAACCCUGUCUCCUUUUUCACUGCAUCCUAGCCCAUCCUAACACAGAUCCCCCCUUUUUCUCUUCCUAAGAAUGACACCUGAAAGGUCAUUGCUGCUGUGUUUCUGCCUGAGUAAGAAAGCAGCCACUUUAACUUUUCUUCUCUGCUUAAUAAAGAAUCUCUCUGU